UGUUAAUUGCCGUCGCAUAAAAACGAAUCUGCGAUUACGAUAAGGGAUGCCCUCCUCUCUUAAGAGGAUACGCGAAGUCGUUAAUUUGUUCUACAUCGUUAUUGCGCUGAAUUACUCGGUGCAGCGUAAGUGUGCAAUUAACCGACACAAUGAUCUUCCAGGUGAUUCCGGAAAGAGUUCGCCAUAUAGAGUACAAUCCUGCCACACCGGAAGUCUUCUACGUUCCAACCGGAAAGGAACCGAGACCGAAGCCGAUCGGCGACGAGCUCGGAACGGUGAUAUUUCGCUAUUGUCCUACUAACGUUACUAAUUACUUUAGCCGAUCUUGCGUGGGUGGUAACACGGUGUUACCGUUUUCCACGGAAUUUUCUGGAGAGUCGACUGCGUGCACCAUGAAUAUCAAGGAAGGUGUCAAUGGCAACGACAUCUUUUUCGUUGCCGAAGCAUCUCGGCCGAAGGACGAGAGCACGGAUUUGCGAUUUGAAUCGCGAUUCGAGUCUGGAAAUCUCGGCAAAGUGGUGAAAAUAACCGACACGUAUUACCAGCUCUAUCUGAGAAGGGAUCUGUACACGCAAAGGCACACGCAAUGGUACUACUUCAGGGUGUCGAAUACAAGAAGCAGGAUUACGUAUAGAUUUUCAAUCGUGAAUAUGUGCAAAGAUGAGAGUCUGUAUAACGAAGGUCUCAAGCCUCUUCUUUACUCCACCGAAGACGCCCGAACCCGAUCGGUAGGAUGGAGAAGGUGCGGCGACAACAUCACGUAUUACCGAAACAACGACUCGAGCGACGAGGAGAAGGAGAGGCACACGCUGACGUUCAACAUCUCAUUCCCUCACGAUCGCGACAUCGUUUAUUUGGCGCAUUGUUAUCCAUACACCUAUACUGAUCUCCAGGAGUAUCUCGGCAAGAUCGUGGCCGACCCCGCGAAAACGAGGUUCGCCAAGCUGCGCCUGCUGUGCCGCAGUCUGGCAGGAAACGGGGUGUAUUACUUGACAAUCACCGCGCCGACCCACGACGAGGAGGUGCGCAGGAAGCGGGGCGUCGUUAUCACGGCCCGGGUGCACCCCGGCGAGACGCCGUCGAGCUGGACGAUGAAGGGCAUCAUCGACUUCCUCACCGGCGACACGAAUCGGGCCAGGGAGCUCAGGGAGAGAUUCAUCUUCAAGUUAGUGCCGAUGCUGAACCCGGAUGGCGUCAUAGUGGGCAACAAUCGAUGCUCCCUAUCCGGAAAGGAUCUGAACCGGCAGUACAGAACCGUGAUGCGAGAAAGCUAUCCGUCCGUGUGGCACACGAAGCUAAUGAUACGGAGGCUCCUUGAAGAAUGCGGGGUAGCGAUAUAUUGCGACCUCCAUGCUCACUCGAGGAAGCACAAUAUAUUUGCUUACGGUUGCGAGAGCAAGAGAACUGGAUAUAAUGGAAGACUGUCGGAACAAGUGUUUCCGUUGAUGCUUCACAAAAAUGCAGCCGAUAAGUUCUCUUUCGAGAAUUGCAAAUUUCAUGUCGAGAAAGGGAAGGAAGGUACGGGUAGAGUGGUCGUGUGGUCGAUGGGCGUUCAAAACAGUUACACCAUGGAGGCUUCUAUGGGCGGCUCGAAAAUCGGCUCGAGAUGCGGGACUCAUUUCUCCAUUCAGGACUACGAACAAAUCGGCAAAGCUUUCUGCGAGACUCUGCUCGACUUUUCCGAUCAAGAUCCCAUGAAGGAAAGCCUCCGAUUUAAAAUCAUUGCCAGAUUAACGAAGGAGGGAUCUAGCGCUGAAGAGCCUACCAAUAUCGAUCUGACUGAUUAUUCAAGCAACGAGGGAGAUAUCUCACAGGAGAGUUUCUCAUCGGAAGAAGAGAGGACCGAAUAUACGGAUGCUGCAUGGUCCAGCGAGGGUGGAGAAUUCUUGAUGAGUCGCCGUCGAUAUCUGUGCGUGCCACCCCCGUCACCGACCUUCGUUCCACCGAGGAGCGUCGGUCUUUACAAAAGGAGAGCGCGAAGAGAUGUCGCGAGAAGAAUUUACUUACAGCGCAGAAGAAAUCUGACACGACGAGCAGUAAUGGAUUUGCCAACUAUGGAUCCAGGUAGCGAUUUGUGCGAUUUGACCGAUUCGGCCGACGAGAAUUUCGUCAAAAGCGAGGGAAGAGAAUAUGACGUUGUAUGGAAAAAUACGCAAGAAUACCGCGAAGAGAUAAUCGAGCUCUCCGAGAGGGAGACUACCGAGAAAGAGAAGCGACAGGAUGACGCAUUAGUCUUACCGGAUAUUGUGAGACCUCGCAGCGUGUCCUUUGGAGAAUUAUUGCCGCGCAAGGAACAGCGGAAAACUCGCCAACGGCCGCGAUGUCUUAGAACGCUAAGAAAUCCGUCGCCGGUGUCGCCGAGGAGUCAAGAGGUGCGAAUCAAACUGACAUCAUUGAGACAGCAGAUUUGGACGGGCGUGUCGACCGCCACCGAGGGCAACGACGCAGAACAUCUUGUCGACGCAUUUGUUAAGACACCGUUGAGCUGGGGUGUCUCCAGACACGCUCUGAUGCAUUAUCCCACGGACGGCGAGGUCACGCUAAAAUCGCCAUCCAAGAAAACGCAGUCGCUCUACGACGCGGACAAGGACGACGCGAGAAAGACGCGGAAAAAAUCGCGGCGAAACGCGCCCCAGUUGAAGGCAGUCGCGCGAGCGGAUGGACAGAAGCCGUCCAAGAGGAAGAACGCGAGACUCGACUGGCAACGGGCGGUGAAUCUGAACUCAAGGGGCAAGGACGCCAGAGUCACGAGAAGCUCUUCCCUCCUAACAAUUGAGGCGGAUUCACUCAAGUUGUUGACCACGUCGACGACGUCUAAGCAGCCGCAGCGACCGCAGCGGAAGCUCGAGUCGCGCCGGAAGUUUCGCAGUGUCGGCGCGGUGGCGUCCACCUGCGUCGGAAUUGGAACGAAAACAGGUGCCUCCAAGUCGACGAGAACACGAGCGUGUCGUCGAGACGCUUUCUGCGAAAGUACGACGUCCGACGACGCCUCGUCAGACUCGGGCAAGCCGAAGGUCGUGAAAAAAAAGCAUAGGAAGAAGAAGCAGCAAUCGCAGCAGCAGCAACAACCGCCUUCGAGGAAAUCGAGCAGAGGAACGGAGCAAGGCAAACGUGCCUGCAGCGCAAAAACUUUACGUAACAUCGUUUGAGAAUUACUUUUCUCUGACCGAGCUAUUAUCGUUCAUCACGUUUAAAAAUAAUUUGAAAGAAAUUUCCUCCUUAAUGAAAACAUCGGGAAACGAUAUUCUCGGACGAUUAAAUUAAUAGUAAAAAUAAGUAAAUAAAGGACCUUUCGGGAAUUAAUGUUUUAGAGGUGGAUGGUAAAAUUAUAUCUCUUGCUGAAUUGCAAGUUGGAUGGCAACGUCUUGCGAGACGUUGUUCAAAUGUGUUGAUUUGUAACUUGAGAGUUGUAGUGGCUACAACUCGAUUGUAAGAUUGAGUUGUAACGUUAUAAUCGCGAAUUUUUAUUUAUCGUCUUGGAAUUUUAUAUUCAUCUUCGAAAGCAAGCUAACGAGAAGUAUAAGAAUAUCUUAUCAUCUAAGUUAUCAGCAAGAUAUAAAAUUUAAGCUUGCUCCGAAAAGAAGAGAAUAAUAUCUCAUGAUCUCUUAAAAAAUGUGAUUCUAUCCUAUCUAAUGAAAAUUUAUAAAAAUUAAAAUAAUAUUCGCCUCAAUAUUAUAAUUAAUAAUAAUAUCAUAUUAUAGAAAACUCAACUUCUAAAAUUGCUCAAAGAAUCCAUCAAUUACAGAUAGUCUGCAACAUUCUUAAUUGGGAGAAUAUA